AUGGAGGCCGAGUACCCACCAGCCGGUGACAUACGCAAGCUCAUGGACGAGAACCCUCUACCGCAGCUACCGGCAGCCACUGUUGCUGCCGCCACGGCGGCCAUUGAGGCCGGAGGACACGAAGCGGUUGAUAAGCAUGUGGAAGACGCUGUACGGGCGCUUAACGAAGCGCUCGCAGCUGGAGACACCGCAGCUCUUGCGGCCGUCUUUUUCCAAGAGCAGGCCUUCUUCCGUGACACGCUGGUUCUGACGUACGACACCCGCACAUUCAUAUCGCCGCAUCUAGCAGCGGCUGCAUUGCUCGAGACAACUCGGCUGCGCCAGAUGUCACCAGCCUGCUUUACCGUUCAGCGUCCGGCCGUUUAUCUCCAGGUGCUGCCAGGCCUCGUAUUCAUUGAUGCGUCGUUGACUUUCCACACCGACGCGCCGGGGGCUACCGGCAGUGGUCGUGUGCUGCUCGUGCCUGUACUUACAGCUUCCAGCAACGUUGUCGCGUGGAAGAUCUGGAUCUUGAGCACACAGCUCGACAGCUUCGACGCCUUCUGCAUGGACGAGAGCAGACUCACUAAGCCACUAGUAGAUCCUGUGCAGAGUGAGGGUCCCAUCGAAACGGACGUCAUUAUUAUUGGUGGCGGAAAUGCCGGAGUCGCUCUGGGCUCCCGCCUCAAAGCGCUCGAUGUGCGCCAUCUCAUCGUCGAGAAAAAUGCACAACCGGGCGACAACUGGGCCAAGCGGUACGACAACGUGCACUUUCACACGCCAACAUCGCUUUCCUCGAUGCCCUACAUCGACUACGACAAGGAACUGCAAAGUCCUCAUCUGCUGACGCGCGACGAGCUGGCAAGCCAGGUAAAGCGCUUUGUGCAAACAAUCCCUCUGAACAUCUUGUACCAGACCACAGUACGGUCCACCCGUCUCGACAGCCGCACUGGCCAGUGGACGGUGAUCUUGAGCACGGCCGGUGGAAAGACGCGGACCUUGGUGGCGAAGCACCUGGUUCAGGCAACUGGCCUGGGAUCACAGGUGCCGAACAAGCCGAAGAUCAAGGUAGAGGCGCCCUUUUCCGGAGCAGACCUCCACUCGGCCACCUUUAAGAACGCCAGCGAACUGCACGCCCGUGGCGUCCGUUCUGUCGCUGUCAUCGGCCUAGGCAUCUACGAUGUGAUCGGCGUGGCUGCCGGUGAUCGGAUGUCCCUGACACUUCCGUCCUUUGUCGACGGACACAUGAGCCAGAGACUGUUCGCACAGCUGGCCUCUGCCGAGCCCAACCGCUAUGCAAAGCUCGCCACUGCCGGCUUUCCCGUCAUCGACAGCUGCGAUGCUAACGCGUCGCUGAUGCACCACGUGCUCGAGCGUGCCGGCGGUCACUAUAUUGAUAUCGGCGGCACGAAGCUGCUGGCCGACGGCCGUGCUGCCGUGCGUGCCCGCGUCGAACCUGUUGCCUAUACUUCCACUGGGCUGCGCUUGUCUGACGGCAGCAUGCUUGAUGUAGACGCCAUUGUGUGGUGCACAGGCUUCGCUGACAGGGAUGUCCGCUGCGUUGCCGAGUCUAUCUUGGGAGGAGAUGUCACUGACGAUGUCGCCGACGAGCCUUACAUCCUCGGUCCAUCUGCCAUUGCAGCUCGUCUAGACGCCAUAUGGGGCGUGGAUGCCGAGGGCGAGAUCCGGGGAAUUUGGAAGCGUCAUAGCCGUCUGCCAACAUACUGGUUUAUGGGUGGCCAGACGCAGCAACAUCGGGCCUUCUCGCGCACUUUAGCACUGCAGCUCAAGGCCGCUCUUUCCGGCAUCCUUCCCCUUGCCUAUCGAGGGUGA